GUAGUAUAAAUAUGAAUGUGAUGAAUUUAUGUCAAAAAUAAAUAAAUAUUAAAUAAUUAAGAAAUAUAUUGAAUUAAUUAGAUAUAAUUAUUAUAAUAAUUAUCAUAAUUCUUUUUUAAAAGAAAGUUAAAUAAUAACACAAUCGAAAUGGGUAAACGUCAGCAUCAAAAAGAUAAAAUGUAUUUAACAUAUACAGAAUGGACAACAUUAUAUGGUGGAAAAAAAUCUGGAAGUUCUGAAGCAAGUGAAGAUACAACAUUUCGUCGUUUACCUUAUAAUCAUUGUUGUUUGACUUUACAGCCUUUUGAACAUCCUUAUUGUGAUCCACAAGGAAAUAUCUUUGAAUUAGAAGCAAUAUUAGAAUAUAUAAAAAAGUAUAAACAUAAUCCUGUUACAGGAAAACCAUUAGAUCCAAAAACUUUAAUAAAACUUAAUUUUCAUAUAAAUUCAGAAGGGCAAUAUCAUUGUCCAGUACUUUUUAAAUUAUUUACUAAACAUUCUCAUAUUAUAGCCAUUAAGCCAACUGGAAAUGUGUUUUCAUAUGAGGCAAUAGAACAAUUAAAUAUAAAAACACGUAAUUGGAAAGAUUUAAUAAAUGAUCAACCUUUUACACGAAAAGACAUUAUUGUAAUACAAGAUCCAAACAAUGCCAUAAAAUUUAAUUUAUCUACAUUUCAUCAUAUAAAAAAUAAUAUUAAACUUGAAGAUGAAGAAAUCAUAAAGGAACGUAAUAAUCCAAAUGCAAAAUUAAAAACUGUGUCUAUGGAAACUAAAGAAAUAUUAGCUGAAUUAGAUAGAAAUUAUAAACAAACUGAAAUUAAACAAGAAAUCUCUAAACCAAAAGCAGAUAAAUUUAAUGCGGCACAUUAUUCCACUGGUGCAGUUGCUGCUGGUUUUACAUCAACAGUAAUGCCAACAGAAACUACACAUCAAGCAGCAGUUAUUGCAGAAGAUUUAGUACGAUAUGAAAGGAUUAAAAAAAAAGGAUAUGUAAGAUUAGUUAUGAAUUUUGGUGCUUUAAAUUUAGAACUUCAUUGUGAUCUUGUUCCAAAAACUUGUGAAAAUUUUAUAAAACAUUGUCAGAAUGGUUAUUAUGAUGGAACAAAAUUUCAUAGAUCUAUACGAAAUUUCAUGAUACAAGGAGGUGAUCCUACAAAUACUGGUAAUGGAGGAACAUCGAUUUGGAAUAAAACAUUUGAAGAUGAAUUCAAACCAAAUUUGAUUCAUCAAGGAAGAGGAAUUUUAUCAAUGGCAAAUUCUGGACCAAAUACAAAUGGAUCGCAAUUUUUUAUUACAUUUCGAUCAUGUAGACAUUUAGAUCGCAAACAUACUGUUUUUGGAAAAAUAGUAGGUGGAUUAGAAACAUUAAAUGCCAUUGAAAAAAUUGAAGUGGAUAACAAAGAUAGACCAAUAGAAGAUAUAAUAAUUCAAAAAGCUCAAGUAUUUGUUGAUCCAUUUCAAGAAGCAGAUGAACAAUUAGCUACUGAACGUGCUGCUGAAAUUGAACGAUUGGCUCAAGAAGCUGCAAAAAAUAAAUCAAAUAAUAAAAUGGAAAAAAAUGAUGUAUUAAAAAUAUAUCGAUCGGGUGUAGGAAAAUACAUAAAACCAAAUAAGGAAGAAGACAAGAUAGAGAAAGAGGAAUUAAGUAUACCAUCUACAAUUAAAAAGAAAAAAACAGUAACAAACUCAUUUGGUGAUUUUUCAUCUUGGUAAUUAUUAAAUUAUUUAAAAAAAAAAAUGUACAAAUAGAAAUUAUUUGAAGCUGUAUAUUUCAAAUAUCAAUAUAUUUAAUUAUAUAAAUUUAUAUCACAAAUAUAAAUUAUUUUUAUAUUUUCAUUAUAUAGAAACGAACUAUCGUUUAUGUAUUUUAUUAUUUUUAUUAUAAUUUAUCAAAAGGAAUAACAAUAUAUAAAUAAAUGUAUUAUAACAAAUAAAAAAUAAAUAAAAAA